GUGACGUUGUGUGAGCGCCGAUACGCCCGUGUCGUUAUUGAUGAUAAGCGACAUUUAGAGAAACAGAAUUUGUCGUGAAUCCGAUAAUAAAGUGUUCAGAGGGAAUCAGACGAGCUGGUGGUCUAACAGACGAGCUGGUGGUCUAACAGACGAGCUGGUGGUCUAACAGACGAGCUGGUGGUCUAACAGACGAGCUGGUGGUCUAACAGACGAGCUGGUGGUCUAACAGACGAGCUGGUGGUCUAACAGACGAGCUGGUGGUCUAACAGACGAGCUGGUGGUCUAACAGACGAGCUGUAAACAUGAACACUGCACUGACGAGGGGAUGACGGGCCUGUGCUCCAAACAAACACUUCACUUUCACUACAAACAUUAAAACGGGUUAAAAACAAAAUGUCCGGAAAACACUUUAAUGUGCAUGAAGUGGGCUGUUGUAUUAAAUACUUCAUCUUCGGCUUUAAUAUUAUAUUCUGGCUGCUGGGUGUGGCCUUCCUGUCUGUUGCUUUAUGGGCCUGGAGUGAAAAGGGCGUUCUGUCCAACAUCUCGUCCAUCACAGAUCUUGGUGGUUUCGAUCCUGUCUGGUUGUUCCUGGUUGUGGGGACGGUGAUGUUUGUGCUCGGGUUCGCCGGCUGCAUCGGAGCGCUGAGAGAAAACUCCUUCCUGCUCAAGUUUUUCUCUGUGUUUUUGGGAAUCAUCUUCUUCCUGGAGCUGACGGCCGGAGUCCUGGCCUUCGUCUUUAAGGACUGGAUCAAAGAUCAGCUAAAGUUCUUCAUCAACAACAACAUCCGAGCGUACCGAGACGACAUCGACCUGCAGAACCUCAUCGACUUCACACAGGAAUACUGGGAAUGCUGUGGAGCGUACGGACCUGAGGACUGGAACCUGAACAUUUACUUUAACUGCACUGACACCAACCUGAGCCGAGAGAAAUGUGGAGUUCCCUUCUCCUGCUGCACUAAAGACCCUGCUGAGGACGUAAUAAACACUCAGUGUGGUUACGACAUCCGAGCUAAAGCAGAGUCAGAGCAGAAGACAUUCAUCUACACUAAAGGCUGCGUGCCGCAGUUUGAAAAAUGGCUGCAGGAGAAUCUCACAGUGGUGGCUGGAAUCUUCAUAGGAAUCGCACUACUGCAGAUAUUUGGGAUUUGUUUGGCUCAGAACCUGCUGAGUGACAUCGAGGCUGUGAGAGAGAGCUGUUUGUUCACUUGACCUCCUGAAGCCGGCGUCGUCUCGGCGUCCCGUCGAAGGAAGGAAGACUUUUCACUUUCAUUUUUAUUUCUAAAACACUUUAAUUUACUGCUCAUGUGUCUGUUUCUGAACCGUACCUUUGCCCUCGUCAAUGACUGCAGUCCCUACACUGUCCACCAGGGGUCAUGGUAAAGUCUCUGUAGAGUCUGUGUGUUCAAGCAGGUCAGAAAUAUUCCUUUAUAGUAAUGAGAGUGAGGAAGAAUUUUAUACACACUUCUAUAACUCAACACAAUCAACUCACAGAUAUUUCAUUCACUUAUUUUUAACCUUGCUAACAGCUAGCGGAAACUUAUGACGACCAGCUAGCAUCAUGCUAAUGGCUAAAAUUCCCUCCCACUCUUAUAAAAGCAGCUGUAAACUAGUCAGUGUUGAACUUGUCAUGAAUUAGAAGAACUUUAAGACUUCAGCAAUGUAGCGGUCAGAAUAUUCCGCUACCUGUUAGCGAUAUUAGCCUCGCAGGUCCAUUAGGAUCAAUGUCUGAGGUAAAGGUAUUUUUAAAAAACCUAGCAUAACUAAUUUAGCAAAUAAACUGUAUUUCUUUUUGUCUCUGUAAGACAGAUCGUUGCUUUUUCAUGCUAGGACGUUAGAGUCGUAGCUCGUGUUGACAUCGGAAAUGUACAUAAAUGGGUGGAUUUCAGAGCACUGCUUUUUGUGAUUAAUUGCUUACUAAAUCUGUUCAGGUGGCAGAAAAGCACUGCAUGUGUGCUGGAAUAAUAAUAUUAGCAUAAAGGCACCUAGUAUCGACAGCUGCUGCUUUAUAAUAAUUACAAUUAUGGUAAUAUUUAAGAGUUCGUCUCAUGUCGUGUCUCAUAUUGUGUUAACGUCGUGUUUACGGAAUCCGAAUUUCGUCGUAAGUUCUGACAAUUUUAACUGCCGUCUUUUGAUUAUUGUUGAAACGACUAACGAUAGAUAUGCUAGCUAUGCUAAAGUGUUAAGCAAAAUAACAAAAACAAAGCUAGUGUCCUGGUUAUUAAGUUCUUUUUUCGAAAGCGAGAUGAAUCGAUUGAUAAAUAAUUAGUAGACAUUUGAUACUUGAAGAUGUUUAGCAUGUUAUUCGGUGCAGUAGCAUUAAAACACAUCUCAAAUUUUUUUUUGGAAUAAAGUGUCGAUAGCAGGUGCUUUGUUGUUCUAGUGCUUUAGGUCAAUAUGAAUUUAAUAUUAUAGCUUAUAGGUUAUGUAAAUGUUCAGAAUGUUUUUCAUGCUAGCCGUGUGAGUGAGUUACUGGAUUUUCUGGGCUAUAAGAUGUCGUUACUGUGGAUUUUUUUUGUUGGUAAAUUAGACAGUUAAAUGAUGUAGACAUUAUGAAUACGAGACACAUUAGCAUGAUUGUUAAGGAUAUUUUAAGGUUAAAUUGCACUUCCGUUAGCUUGGUGCUAAUUGAAAAUCUGCGCUAGCGGACAUUAACACUACGUUAAAGUGAAUGACACAAUAAUUCUGACAGAGCGUUUAUAAUCCCUCUGUUAUGACAAUGAUAGAAAGAUUAUAUACUUCUGGUAAAAACCUCCACACCAGCAGGUGGUGUUGAAGUGCCAUGUUAGUAUUUAGUGUGGCGUCUGGUUCACGCUGGAGUAACUAAUAGUCCAGAAAAUACAGUAAAUUAGCUUAUUUAAUUAGCGUAUCUAAAUAGAGAGAGAGAGAAAGUUUUGAUGCACUUAAGGAAGACUGACGUAAAUACUGAAAGUACUAAUUCUGUGUGUUUUUUUAUGAAUGGUAUAAAUCCAGCACUUGUGUUUGAGAUCUAAACAGGGUUUUUUUCUCUUAGACUCACUGCUUGUGUGUUGUUGUGGUUGAUGUGAUUUGUUGAAGUCUUUUUACAGGAUUGUAUUUGAGAACAGAAUUUAUUCUCCCUCCUGAGACGAGGUGAGACGUGUGGACAAUAAAGUUUGAUAUGUUUUGGUAAAA